AUGACUCUGGCAGAGGAAUUGAAGGAGCACGGAAACAGAGCAUUUGCCCAAAAGGAGUUUGCAAAAGCUGCCCAGAUCUACCGAGAUGCCAUACAAUUAGACAUGUACAACCCGGUGUUGUACUCCAACAGAGCACAGUGUUUUUUGAAUCUACGAGAUUACGAACGAGCCUACCAGGACGCUAUCCUGGGAUUGAACUUGGGCGCAAGCCAUGCUUUGCAGAUUAAAUUGACAUUUAGAAAAGCAAUGGCUUUGAAAGAGUUAGGAAGAUGGGAUAGAGCUCGUGAAACUUUCAAGGAUGUAUUGCGGAUAGAUCCUUUGAACAACGCCGCUAAGAUGGAAUUGGAUCUUUUACCAUCUACGCUAAACGCAGCCUCGGGGGCUAUGGAUGAAGAAAAGCCAAUUGUGAUUGAAAUAGUGGAGAGGCUUCCGGAAGAAUUUGCAAAUCUAUUGAAGGACAAUGCAAAGCUGGAUACUUUGAAUUCAGAUGCAAAUUCAAAUCCAAAUCUUGAUCCAGAUCCACAGAGUUCAUCUGCUGUCGAUGCAGAAAUUGAAAACCUUUUCGGUAAAAACUCAUUAAAAGAAGAAACCGAAAUUGAACCCAAAAAGAUUCAGUCAGACUUUGCAAGUUACACAAGCCUGCCGUUGAGAUUCCUCAGUGCAAUGAAAAAUGUUCCACAGGCACAGAAAGCAAACGCAUAUAAUUAUGUCCUCAACUUGGACGAGGGCUCGUACUCGGAGUUGUUUUCAGAAUCAGGUAUCGAUCCUGAUUUUCUACAGUUUUUCUUGGAGGCUGCCAACUACGCAUUGGAAAACAAUCCGUCGCAAUCACUUCUGCUAUUGAUCUUGCAGCGAUUAAGACAAUUUUCCAGUUUCAAGAGGUACGAUUUGGCCAUUACAAUUUGCGACAACGAACUGAAAAAUGCAAUUUUGAAAUCUGUAGAAGCAAGCUAUCCUCAGCACCUGGCUAA